AUGUCUGUAGUUCUGGUGCUCAAAAAAUCGACCGAUAGGAAUCAAUCAACGAUAUCUGACAAAUUUUUAACUUUACUUAAUCAUUGUGAAAUAGUACAAUCACGAUGUACUCAGUGGAAGGUUGAACAUGGAGCUACUAAUAUAAGUUGUAGUGAGAUCUGGAAUUCAUUUGAAAGCAUUUUACUUUCAACUCAUACUAAAUCAGCAUGUAUUAUGAAAUCAGGGUUAUUCGAUGACUUUGUUUAUCAAUUGUUUGAAUUGGAACAACAACAACAACAACAGCGACACCACACAAUUCAAACGGAACAAUACUUCCAUUCUCAAGUGAUGAACAUUAUUCGUGGAAUGUGUAAACGUCUUGGAGUAUGUCGUUCUCUAGAAACUACAUUUCCAGGAUAUCUGUUUGAUGAAUUGAAUUGGUGUAAUGGCAGUUUAACAGGCAACACAAAAUACGGGACUGCAUGUGGAUGCGAUUAUAAAAGUAAUGUUGUUCAUGCGUUUUGGCAAAGUGCUUCGGCUGAGUAUGCCAGGAGAGCAUCUGGUAACAUCGUUGUGGUACUGAAUGGCUCGAUCAAAGCUCCAUUUAAUGAAAAUAAAACUUUUGGAAAAAUAGAACUACCAUUGUUAAAACAUCCUCGAGUACAACAAUUAACAGUGAAAUUAGUUCAUAGUUUGGAAGAUGUAAAUAACCGACAAACGUGUGAAUCGUGGAGUCUGCAAGAACUUGCAAACAAGCUGAACUCUGUACAUAUUCCUUUUCGUUGCAUUGACGAUCCUUUAGAGUUCAGACAUUAUCAAUGCAUUGAAAAUCCUGGCAAACAACUAUGUCAAUUUUCAGCUUCGACGAGGUCAAACGUCGAGACAUUACUCAUACUUUUUCCACUAGUCAUUUGUUUAACUUUUUAUACUUCCAUGAAUUGA